AUGGCAUACACUUCUCGCAUCAGGAUACAGGGCGCCAACACCGACAAGCCCGUGGUGCGGCGCGAACUGCGGGACAGGACGCCCAGUGAGGCCGUGAAGACGGAGCCGGCCGCGACGCCGGCGCCAAACGCGUCGCCCUACACGGAGAAACAGCUGCAGGACGAAGCCAGCAGAUCGGGGCUGGACUGGGCCACGGACGAGACGCCGACGACGGCAAGCUCUGUCACAGGACAGCCGCUGGAAGAGCCGCCAUCGGUGAAGGUGCGCAAGGAGGCGUUUGGCGGGAGACGCCGCGGGAAGGGGAAAGGACCGAAACGGUCUUCUACACCAGAUUCGCUGGAUCAGGAGGAUGAGGAGGCGUUUGAGGCUGAGGAACGAAAGUAUAGAGCCGGGCUGAGCACGCGGCGGUCGGACGAGCUCACGCAGCUGAGCACGGAGCGCGACGCUACGCAUAGGACGCUGCGUCCUGUCGCGAAACGGCCGCAGGAGCCCGUAGAGACGAAUGGACAGUCGCGGCCUAGGUCGCGCAAAAGGGGCCGUCGUACGGAGGGCAACGCAGAGGUGCUGUCGAGACGCGUGAAACAAACGCCGCGCAAGAAGACUAACGGCCAGCUAGUGGCGACGACAGAAUCUAUCGCGAGUCCCGACGAAGACCCGACAGUCCACAACCAGGACUUCUGCGCCGCGUGCGGGCUGCCGGGCCUGUUCAUCUGCUGCGAAGGAUGUCCACGGUCGUUCCACUUCCAAUGUCUGAACCCGCCCGCGAGCGAGGACGACCUGCCGGACCACUGGUACUGCAACGAGUGCGUGGCGAGCCGGCAAAAGCCCAAAAAGAGCCACAUUGGCAUAUUUUCUGUGCUGCUGGACGAGCUGAACACACACAACCCGCUCGCGUUCCGGCUUCCGCGCGAAGUGGCUGAGGCGUUCGAGGGCGUGUCAAUGAGUAAAGACGGCGACUUUGAGGACGACAAUAUGAAACCACCAAAGACAUACAGCCAGCUGCUUGCCGAGGCCCAGGACCCGCUCACCAACGUGUACGACAAGGAGGGUAACCCGCUGUUCUGCUACAAGUGCGAGAAGUCCGGGCUGAACGGCCGGCUGCUCACGCGGUGCGACUAUUGCUCGCUGGCGUGGCACCUCGACUGUCUCGACCCGCCGCUUACGUCAGCGAAAAUGCUGGGGUCGAAGUGGAUGUGUCCGAACCACGUGGAGACGGUGAACAAGAGCCGGCGCAAGCUGAGACACCAGCCGAAGGUGGCGGUCGCGAUGACGCGCGAUUUUAAGGCGCCGCGGGAUGCGAAUAUUGACAUUAUUAACGUGGAGGAUUACAGCGUGGACGAGCUCGAGCUCGAGCAAACGUUCCCACCAGACCCUGUGUUCCAGUUCCGCAGCACCGACAACGGCACCGCGUACAAGCUCAGCAGGGACCUUGUGAGGAUCAGCAAGGCCGAGGAGAGCGAGAACGUGACGUACCAAGUCAAGGAAGAGGCCAUCAUUCUGGACUUCAUCAAGGGCACUAAGCACAAGCAGCAGGACGAGCAGAGGGUGCGAGACUUGGAGAAUUUGCGGCUGUACGAGCGCGCUGCGCCACAAUUGCGUGACUACCUGCUGGGCGUCGCGAAGCUGAGCGAGCGCUCGAUCAUCACGAACCGGCAGAAAAAACUGAACCUGGACGAGCUGCUCAAACAGAUCGACGACGAGUACCGGCUCGAGCACAGCGAGCUGUCAAAACAGGAGCUGCACGAGCUGCUGAUUGUAAAGAAGCUGAUGGAGCUAAAAGGCCACGACAAGCUGAUGGAGUUUCUUCGGUCGUAAUGUAGCGGCCUUAGCAUGUACCAUAAAUUAGAAUUCGUCAUCCUCGUUGUAGUUCACGGCUGCGCGCUGGAUUGCACUGCGCCGCUGCGGCUCCACAGCCAGUUUCUUCUUGGUCCGUGGUUUCUCGGAGUUGUGCGGUCUCUUGCGGUCUGUAGUGACCGGGACAGCUGUGCCGGCCAGAUGCCGUGUCCUGUCGCGCGCCAGGUCGUCCAAUGUCUUGACCGCAGACUCCGGGAUGAACGACUUGACGGCGAGCUCGUGCAGCAGCGCAGAGUCGCCGAUUGACUCGAAUAGAUCGCCCGGCAAACUCAGCUUGCCCGGCCACGUCGCCAAGCUCCAGUUCUUGUGUUUAGCCAGAGCCUUGAUCGUGUACUGCGUCAGAUCUGAAACCAGAUACAUGUUGCUGGAAAGGUCUGGAGUAAGUCUGUCUCUGUAUUGUUUCAUUCGCGAAGCAAGAUAGUAUAGCAGCGACACGUUGUUCAUGUUGGCAAUCAGAUCGAGCGCAAGGCCGAUGUAGGUAAGCGCAAAGUUCAGCACGGCAGUGUAGUCUGAAGUUGUUUUGGCAGAGUCCAGCAGCUCUAGAAACUCCUGGUGGUGCGACAGCAUGCUGAGCAUUCUGACAAACGAUUUCUCAAAUAGCAGCUCGUUUUUGUUGGCCUUCAGCUUGCGCUUGUGCAUCGACCGCACCCAUGUCUUGGUGUCCUCGCGCAGAGCGUCCUGGGGUUCGUGUGCAAUGAAAAACACCAGCGCAUAGAACCGUUCUGAAAUCAGGCCAAGAGUGAGGUUUUUCUUGAGCUUUGCCAUGAACAGCGUCCGCACGUGAUCAUUCUCGUCCUGGAUCAGCAGCACCAGCUUGUUCACGAGGUCCUGAUGGAUCAAAAAGUUGUACCGCGAGUAUCUGGCAAGCUUCAGCAGCUUAAUUCCGGCUUCUAGGCGCAAACGCGACUGGUAUUUUUUGGGCGUUGGAUACGUGCCUGUUUUCGGCGAUACAAUCUCGCCGCCGUUGCCAAUGAUAGACGUGAGCAGCUUGAGCACGGGCUCGGCCACCUGCGCGGCGUUCUCGGCCGUCUCCACCGCAAUUAGCCAGUUUACAAACACUCGCACGGCCAAAAUCUUCGAUAAACAGUUCUUGUUGGUCUCCAGUUCGUCUCGAUCAAUCCACCCAUUCACCUCGUCUUCGUCCUCGUCCUCGUCGCCAAUAGUGUUGUUUCUGAGCAGAAUCUGCGAUGCAAGCAACGAGCUGAUCUCCUUGGUUUUGUCGUCCAGAAGAGCUAGAUCCGUCAAGAAAAGCUCGGCGACAGUCGCCAGACACGCGUUGAAAUUGUCCUUGGACGUGUCCAACGGCCAAAUCUCAUCAACGAGCGCUGCAACAGCCGCGUUGCGCGCAGCCGUUCGCGGUAACUGGCCCAGCAGCCGCACGGCGUACUUCGCCUCGGCGGGCGAGCCGCGGACGGCUAGUCUUUUCAAACUGGCGACAUAAUCAUCAGAAUUCUCUGUAACGAUAACCUCCGGGAACUUCUUGCCAAACUGAAAAAUAGCCUUGAGGUCCUUCACGCCGAUUGGUCCUCCUAAGCUGGUCUCCUGAGUCAGCGUCGAGAUAUUGGCCCGCAGAACUUCUGGGACCACAGUGGAAAUGUUCUCCAGCACGUCCUGGGCCGCGCUGUUGUGCGAGUGAGCUAAGUCCUUGCUGAUCCGCAGAAUCUCGCCCACGUUGCUCUGAUUGUAGAAAAUCACAGACGAACGGUAUACCAGCAGCUUGACGGUGAACAGCAUGUCAUGCGGAGCCACGCUGGGCUCUCCUUCGAUCUUAAUGUUUUUCAGCUCGUUCAGCUUGCCAAAAAGCUCUUUCAUGCAGUUCGUGAUGGUCUUGUAAUCUGUCUCGAUGUCGCUGCACAGCAUGAUGAGUUUGAAGUAUCGCUUAUUGUUGAGCUUGAGCAGCUGCUUCAAUGCAGCGCGGCAGUCCACCGACUCUGGGAAUGAGGCCACGAGCCAGCUGAUAAGCUUGUCAAUUUUCGAAGAAACGUCGUCAGCCGGCUUCAUGUCCGCCAGAGCGAGCAGCUGGCUCACUGCCUUGGCCAUUUGCGGCUGUCGCUUGACUAUCGCGUGGAACGAGUUUCUGCCCUUCUCCGAGAGAUGUUCUAUGACCGUCAGCAGACGGUCGACGCGCCUGGCGUCGUCCAGCUCGAAUGGAAGCAGCAGCUCGAAAAGCGUGUGGUCGACCUGUGCAUUGACGGUCUUGUCGUUGAUGUACACCAAUUUGAGCACGUCGUCUGGGACCCAACCUAAGAGCUCUGUCACGGCGUCGUUCUUGUAUAUUUCAUCAAAUUGGGCGUUGUACAGCGAGCCGAGCAGCUGCAGACACGAGCUUCUGAUUUCGGCGUGCUUUUCUCUGAUUAGUUGAGACAAUGUGUUCAUGAUGGUCUUGUUGGCCAGUUUCGAGACAAACACGCCUGGACUCACGUUUGACAGCUCCCGCACCGUUGUGAGCCGCGUGCGCUCGUCGCUGUCAACAAGCGUCUUGAUCAGGCCACUCGCCAGCUCGGCAGCAAGGUCAGGGUUCGCGUUGACGGCCUGCACGGCAGAUCUCACCCAGAAACUGCGGACAUGGGGCGACUUGUCGAGCGGCUUCUUGAGCCAGUUCGUGUAGGUGUCGGUGUGCGCGGAGGCAAAGUUGAGCCGUGACUGUUUGACCGCCAGGAUCUUGCCAAUCGUCUCGGUAGCGGUAAUUCUGAUCUUCUCGUCCUCGGCGUCCAGCUCGUUCUCAAUCAGCCCCAUAGCCGAGGAAAGCAUCUCGGGUACGUACUUCCACAGCUCC